CCGAUCGUGGAGUCCUCUAAUUGACAGCCCAUCAAGCCAAUAAACGAACGCCAUCCCUUUCCGCCUCUCGGCGACGAACGGCAUAUCGACCAAUGGGAGUUGAGGAAGGUCGUGGAGCCGCAGAGGGAGGCUAUCGCCGCGAUGAGUGUUUCCUUGAGAACGGAGCUGAACAUGGAUAAGUCAAAAAGGAAAAAACGGCGAGAACUGACAGAAGAGCAGAAACAGGAAGUUAAGGAGGCAUUUGACUUAUUUGAUACGGAUAAGGAUAAAGCAAUAGAUUAUCAUGAAUUGAAGGUUGCAAUGAGAGCUCUGGGAUUUGAUGUAAAGAAAGCGGAUGUCUUGAAGAUUCUCAAAGAUUAUGAUCGGGAUAGCACUGGCAAAAUUUCUUUCGAGGACUUCAGUGAAGUUGUGACCGAUUGGAUUUUGGACAGAGAUCCAAGAGAAGAAAUGCUAAAAGCAUUCAAACUGUUUGAUGAUGACGACUCUGGUAAAAUUAAUCUUCGUAACUUGCGCCGAGUUGCAAGAGAGCUUGGUGAAAACAUGAGUGAUGAAGAGCUACGUGCGAUGAUUGAUGAAUUUGAUAAAGAUGGAGAUGGAGAGAUUAACCAGGAAGAAUUCAUUGCCAUUAUGACUGGAGACAUCUAACCUUUUUGCUGGAAAAACAGUGACUGCGGAUCAUUGAACAACUUCAUGAUAUAACAAACUUUAGUAGUCUCUGUCCAAGAAUUACAUAAGAAAGGGAAAAGAAAACAUUCAAUAUCUAUGUAUAAAGCCAAAUACAUUUGUAUUGAAUCUUGCUUUUGAGUGAAAGAACUCUAAAUUGUUUUGUAUAUUUGUUCUGAGUUUGUAUUUAUAAACUAUUCAGAUUAAAUAAAAUUACUUUUGUCA